AUGCAUUUCAAUUCGGUAAUUUCAGCAGUGCUAGCAGCCGCAUCUAUCAUCCUACCGCUCGUGGGCGCCCACACCGUGAUGACUACGAUCUUCGUAGACGGCAUCAACCAAGGCGAUGGCGUCUGCAUACGCAUGAACAAUGAUGCCAAAACGGCCAAUUUCUACAUCAACCCCAUCACCAGUCCUGAUAUUGCGUGCGGUAUCCAAGGCGAAAUCGGCUGUUCUCGCGUCUGCCCUACCAAAGCCUCAUCCACCCUGACCUUCUCAUUCCGCGAAGAGCCAUCGAAUCCGAACUCCCCACCCCUAGACCCCAGCCACAAGGGCCCCGCAGCCGUAUACAUGAAGAAAGUCGCCUCCGCAACAGCCAGCAACAACGCCGCCGGCGAUGGCUGGUUUAAGAUCUGGGAGUCCGUAUAUGACGAAAGCGUACGAAAAUGGGGCACGGAGAAAAUGAUCGAUAACGAUGGUCAUAUAUCAGUUAUUAUUCCGUCGGAUAUCGAAGGUGGGUAUUAUCUGGUGCGGACGGAGCUUUUGGCUUUGCAUGCGGCGAGUCAGGGAGAUCCGCAGUUCUAUGUUGGGUGUGCGCAAUUGUUUGUUGUGUCGAAUGGGACUGCUAGGCCUUCGACGGUGAGGAUUGGAGAGGGGACUUAUGAUUUGAGUAUGAAGGGUUUGACGUAUAAUAUUUAUGAGACGCCUUUGGCGCUGCCGUAUCCGAUGUAUGGACCUGCGGUUUAUGAGGCUGGAGAUGAUGAGGGUUCGGGGAUGGAUGCGUCUAGUCCUGGUGUCGUUUCGACUCCAACUGCUACUGCGCUCGCCUCGAGCGUCGUCGCAACUGGCGUUCCUGGGGACGAAAGGCGCGACGUCCUGGUCCAGACAGAAGGCCUCAAGCCUAAAAACUGUGUCUUCGUCAAUGGUAACUGGUGCGGUUUGGAAGUCCCUGAUUACAAUGACCAGAAUAGCUGUUGGGAGGCCUCCGAUAACUGCUGGCGCCAAAACGAUGACUGCUGGAACAAAACCCAACCUACGGGCUUCAAUAACUGUCAGAUUUGGUCGGAUCAGAAAUGUAAAGUCAUUCAGGGGCAAUGCAAGGAGGAUAACCCCACGGGUCCGCCGAAUAAGGGGUUUGAUUUCACGCCGAAAUGGCCUUCGCUGAAGGGCUCGAUGAAAGUAUUUACGACGAGACGGCAAUGGAGAAUGGGGAAGUGGGUUGAUUAG